AUGCGCUCGGUCCUCUGCCGUGACCACACUGCCCUGGGCGACAACUUCCCCUCCACCCACCACCUGCCAGUUGCCAUCUCCCAACUGCCGCCUGACACCUUUGUUCUGUUGCAACGGCUCUGCCUCCAGUCUCCCGUCUCCUCGUGUAUCCUCUGCCUCUUGCCGCGUAUCUCGUCACCCUACCGUCUUGGGCAUCGUUUGUUUGGCCGUUUCCCAUUUGACCUGCCCUACGGAUCACUGAGUCAGCCUACUCGGGACCCACGCCAACAUGCCCUAGUCCUCUGCCGUGAAGACGAGACUAGCGCCACUCGACACGGGGUCACAACAAAAUGGCGACCUUACGACUCAGCGCUCUUCUCCUACAGAGAUGGCCACUUUGUUGGCAAGUUGGCGGACAAGCCGGAUCAUUGCACUUUCAUUCGGCGUGAACCUAUCGCGAAAGUGCCAAACCUUCUUUGA